AUAUGGACCGUUGCACGAUUAAUGUCCUAUUUCCUCUCCUGGAGGUUUCUCCAUUUUCACGGGCAAAGACAUGCACGGUUGGACCGCGAUCUUUCGGUUCAUAGUCGAGAAUGUCGCCGUAGGACAAUGUUGAUAUCGAUCUUCUCUCCCAUUUCUUUCUUGGCUCCAGAGGUGCACUUGACCGAUCUGGAGAAGAUGUGGACAGAUAAGGUCGUGAACAACCCUACAUGGAAACCAUUCAUUAAGAAGUUACUUGACGAAUGGCAGGAAUUCGUUCUUUAUGGAACAGUCCUGUUGAACGCCAAUGUGGCGUUUCUGGACAUAGGAUACGUGGGGGAUUCAGCCAAGGCAGGAAUAGCACAAUUUUUAAGCUAUGUAUCCAUCGUGGCGAGUGCAGGUUCUAUAGUGCUCGGUUUACUACUCAUCCGACAAAAUCGGAGCAGGGCAAAUCGAGAGGUUCCCACAGACGUCACCCAGUAUCUAGAUGCCAUGAUGUCAGGGAAGUACGGGCUAGAACCGCUCGCCAUAAUCUACAGUCUUCCGUAUGCAUUGCUGAUGUGGUCGAUGCUCACGUUUGUCGUGGCCUUUCUCAUUGUCUGCUUCAACGGUAGCAAUCUCCCCACACGCGUCUUUGUUGGCCUAUCGUUCUUUAUCGUUCUGGUCGCCAUACUCUUGUGUCUGGUAAAGAGUACGAACAUUGCCGUAUUCACAUGGCUCUCCGGUGUUGUGGAGAGGUUCCGUGUAGAAGAUGGUUCUGGACAGAGGAGGUUCCGAAAGCUAUGGCCGACUUCAUUUGCGAGCCUCUCCUUAUUCUUAAGAGCUACUUUAGGGCCUCAGAACUCUCAUGUGACUGCCGUGCCUAACGGUACAGCUGCGGGUAGUAGCAAUAACGCCACGGAAGUUUGA